AUGGCCGCCGCCGGCUCGCGAGACCCGAGCUCCAAGCGGCAGCGCCCGGAGCCGCAGGGCCGGCCACCGCGGGACGGGUACGGCGUCUACGUGUACCCGAACUCUUUCUUCCGAUACGAAGGGGAAUGGAAAGGUGGAAAGAAACACGGCCGCGGGAAGCUGCUGUUCAGAGACGGGAGUUACUACGAAGGCGACUUCCAGGCCGGGGAGAUCUCGGGAGAGGGUCGCCGCCACUGGGCCGCCUCAGGGAACACUUACUCGGGCCACUUUGUGCUGGGGGAGCCUCACGGGCGCGGCCUCGUCACCUACAGAGCGGGCGGAUGGUACGAAGGGGAGUUCCGCCGCGGCGUGCGCGAAGGACUGGGCCUCCUGCAGGACACGCUGGGACAGCUGUACCGCGGGUCCUUCCAUGAGAACAGGCGGCAUGGCCGGGGGCACAUGGCCUUCCGGAAUGGUGACAGCUACGAAGGAGACUGGGUCAGGGACCAGCAGCAGGGCCACGGGGUGCUCCGCUGUGCCGAUGGCUCCGUCUACCAGGGCCAGUGGUACUGCGGAGUCCUCAGUGGCCUGGGCAGCCUGGCCCACUGCUCGGGGCUCACCUACCAUGGCCUGUGGGUCAACGGGCAUCCAGUGGAACAAUCCGUCAGGAUGGUGGUGCUCGGCCCCAGGCUGCUGACCCUGCGCCCGGAUGCCGCCUUCUCACUGCGGGUCCAGUUGCAGCAGAACAGUGGGGACACAGCCAGGGGCGAGGACGGGCGGCUUCUGAGGGUCUCGGCCGGCGUCAGGUACGUGCAGCUCCCGGCCCACUCCGAGGUCAGCUUCUUCAGAGUGCACGGAGGCCCCCCAGACACGCUCAUCCAGACCCCCUUCGGAUUCCAGUGCAUCCCCUACCCUCUGGGGAGCCCAGCCGCCGGGGACCCGGAGCCCAGCGCGGACCAGGAGGACCUGCGCCCAGCACUGACCGCCCCCUGCCCCUUGCCGGAAACGCGGCACUGCCAGCGGGCACGGCACGGCUGUGCCCAAUUCAACCACCUCCGCCUGGGCCCCCCCCCGGCCGGGCACCACCCUGUGCCUUUCUUCCGAAGCGCCCCUGAGAAGGCGGCGGGACAGGACCCUCCGAGCACAGCCCCGGGACGCGGCUGGCUGGACACGGGCACCUUGGCUGAACCGGCAGUGCUCCCAGGCGAGUACGUCAUCAAGGUGGAGGAUGUGACCAGCCCCCCGUUCCUCGGCCGCACACUCCCCCCCGCCUUCCAGCACCUCCUCGUUUCCGCAUCAGAGGGGCAGCAGGAUCCCCCCAGGACGCCCCCUCAGAGACCCCCGAGUGCUGCUCAGGAGGACUGGCUUGAUGGCCCAGCCUGAGGGGCCCGCAGUGCCCUCCACCACACGGUCCACGGCCGUUCUGGGGGCUCCCGACAGCGUGGCCUCCGCUGUCCCGCGGUGCCCCAAGCCCCUCCACCGGGCCCCGCCCUGUGGCCCCACGCGGGCUCUCUGGUCCCCUGCCCCCGACCCGGCUGCCACCCGCCUCCCCCCCCACAACACAGCCGUGGUUGGGCAGUGCCGGGGCGAUGCCCACUCGCCAGUGCCCACCCCAGAGUGCACCCGGCGCCGUGAGCAGGAAUGAAAUGAACAACGGCAUCCUGGCUUCCUGGCAGAGUCCAUGCCCAUAGCUUGUUGUGCUGGCCCGCCGCCCGCCUGAGCCGCACACCAGGGCUGUGAGCAGGGGGCAGGGGCUGGCCGGGGAGGGCGAGGGAAAGAGAUGAACAGGCUCCUAGCAGCCCCGAGCCCACCCCAGCCUGUCUCCUGCUCCGUGAGUGGUAGAAAGGCAGGGUGCUGAGGGCUCCGCAGGCUGCACGAGCCGGAGCCCCCAAGCGCCUGUAGCCCUUCUCUGAGCCGCACAUCUGCCGGGGUCUCUGGGGGAGGUCACUGGACCUGCCCUGGGAGGGCAUCAGCCUUGGGGUCAGAGCCUCAGUUUCCCCUCCUUCCUCUGGCCUGGAGAGCAUUCUGCCGGCAGUGAUGUUGGGGUGACGUGCAGAGCGGGCGUCAUGGUCAAAGUCUGCAGGCAGCCCGGGGGCUCGGAGGCACAGACAGGCAGACAGGCUGGCCAACAUGCCACCUGCAACCUGCCCCCGGGCUCGGGCUCAGCCCCUUCCAGGCUCCUGCGCCUUGUGUGAGGGGCCAAGGCCAGCCUGAGGGCCGCAGCACCCCUACAUCCCCGUGGGGACCCCCGAAGACAGGGACUCAGGACAAAAAUGCCCCCUUGAAUGGUCUGUGAGAGACAGGCCCUGCCCGUGGCCCUCCAACCACCCUUUCCAGGAAUGCAGGUGGACCCCCGUGGUCUCUGCAGCCAGAGACCCUGCUUGAGGGCCAGUGCCCUGACAGUGAGGAGGGUCAGCCUGUAGUGUGCAGGGACAGGCCCGGGGGACUGUCCAGCUGGUGUGCACUGUCUCUGUAGAAGUGUGACCGGUCCAUCCUAACAGCCAUUCUGGAAGUGUGGGGCACCGGGGUUAAGGGCCUCAGCUUGGGCCAGGAAGCAACGGUGCCCAGUGGGCUGUGGGUCCAGCGGCUGUCAUGGGACUCAACCACGUGAGCUGGGGACACCAGACACUGGCCAAGGGGGCGAGGGUGGGUGGGGAAGGGUUAACUGGGGCUGUGAGGCGAGGCUGGGGCGAGGGUCUGCACCCCCGCCCCCUGUUGCGCUGUCCUGGACCCUCCGUCCAGCACAUGCUGGGGCUCUGGGGAGGAUGGGCUGUGUCACGCCAGGAAUCAAGGCCGCUGUCAUGACCCCCCCAUCUGCAUCCCUGGCGUCCCCCGAAAGGUGCUCCCUCGAGUGGGGGCAGCCUCCAGCGCCUCUGCAGACCCGGAGGCAGUGUCUGCACAGGGGACGGGGCAGGGCAGACCCCGCAGAAGCGCCCAUGGGAGCAGGGCUGACUGACCCCCCUCACUGCUCCCUGCCGGGCCUUCCCCCCCACACAUGUACACCAACACAUAUACUUGACAUGCAUGUUCUCCACGUGUCCAUCCCACACACCUGCACCAAAUGCAUGCACGCAGACCCUGCCUCCCCAGGGCAACCCUGGGCCUUGCCCUGACUCCACCUGUGCCCACAUCCGGCCUGCUGUGGAGUGUCUUGGCCACGAGCCCGUGGACACAGGCCUGAUCGUCUGCCUGCCAGCCCAGCGGGGCCCGGGGGGCAAGCUCUGCGCCCCUCUGGGUGGGGGCAGCGCAUGCACCCACACUCUCCCCUGCCUGGGUCCACUGUCCUCCUAGGGGCCCACCCCAAGCCUGAACCUGGUCGCCACUUCCUUUCUGGAACUUUCCGGAACAGGCCUCCGUGGCAGCAGGAGAGCCAUGGGGCUGGGCCAGGCUGCCGGCAGGAAAGGAGCCGGGGCCGAGUCCAGCUGGCCAGACACCUGUGCACCCCGGGCGCCCCGAGAAGCCAGGCCCGCCCCCUGCAGCGGAGCCACCUGCUCCAGAGUGGGGGUCCCUUCUACGCAGCCCCCGGCCUGGCAAGGCCGGGGCACAGAUGGCCGCAGCCCCAGGUCGCAGGCCCAAGCACCUCCCACGUCCUCACCUGGCUGCGCACAGGGCAGGAGGGAUUCUGGAGAGGCUCUGGGGCCGUGGCACUGCCCUGGCGGCUACCGAAUGGGGUGACUUCCGCUUCCUGCUGAGGGGUCCUGACCACAGGCGCUGUGCAGAGGCCAAGGGGUCAGACAGAGCCCAGGGCUCCCGCAAACCCGUCCUUCCACCACAUCCGGGAUGCCGAGACCUCCCCAAUUUGGGUUUCUCUGGGGCGAAGUCUAGGGCAGCUCGGGGAGGGGGGCCCACAUGCUCACUCACCCGCCUCCACCAACCGCCACCUGGGCCAGCCCCUCAUGGCCACUCGGCCCUUCGAGUUCUCUCCAAGUCCUUGA